CGUCUCUUCUUUCUCAUCGCAUCGCAGCCCCCCCAACACCCGUGUUGUCCGUUAGGAAAGGAAUCGAUCCCAUCCCAUCUCUUCGGUGCGAGAGAGAAAUCUAGGCUGCCGCCUCCUUUUUCUUCGGUGAAAGGAAAGGAGAACAGGGAGGAAGGGAUUUCUUGGUUCCCCGCCCUCGGAUUGGGAAAAUCAGAAUUUCUCGAGGUCGCUAGUUGCAGCGAGGUCCGGGCCUUCGUGGGAUUUGUAAAUUGGAUGUGCUAAUGGAGUCCAAGGGUGGCAAGAAGAAGUCUAGCAGUAGUCGUUCCUCCCUGAUGUACGAAGCUCCCCUUGGCUACAGCAUUGAGGAUCUCCGCCCUGCAGGCGGCAUCAAGAAGUUCUCCGCUGCUUACUCGAACUGCGCGAGGAAGCCAUCCUGAUACCUCUCUCGUCAGCCCCAUCCUAGUAGCUUAGAAACCACCUGCAUUUUCAUUUUGAUCUUCCUAAAAUCUCUCUGGCUAGUUGCUUUCCAGUGACCAAAAGAUUUCAAGAAACCACUCCCUGUCUUCCUCCCCCGGCUGUCUGUCAUCUUGCUCUGAAACAAUGGCUGUCCUGCAAGUUGCUGCUGCUGCCCCUCCCCCUGUCUCAGCGAUUGGGUUUGAGGGAUAUGAGAAGCGCCUUGAGAUCAGCUUCUCUGAGGCACCUGUCUUCGCUGAUCCCAAUGGAAGGGGAUUGCGUGCGCUCUCACGUGACCAGAUUGAGACUGUUCUUGACCUUGCACGGUGCACCAUUGUGUCUGAGCUCUCAAAUGAGGACUUUGACUCUUAUGUCUUAUCCGAGUCAAGCCUGUUUGUCUACCCAUAUAAAAUGGUGAUCAAGACCUGUGGGACUACAAAGCUUCUGCUCGCUAUUCCGAGGAUCCUUGAGCUUGCUAAAGAGCUCUCGUUGCCACUUUCUGCAGUUAAAUACUCCCGUGGGACAUUCAUAUUCCCUGAUGCACAGCCUUCCCCACACAAGAACUUUGCUGAUGAGGUUGCCUUCCUGAAUCGCUUCUUUGGUGGCCUCAAGUCUGGCGGUAAUGCUUAUGUUAUUGGUGAUUCUGCAAAGCCUGGGCAGAAGUGGCACGUCUACUAUGCCUCUGAGCACCCUGAGGAGCCUGUUGUUACUCUCGAGAUGUGCAUGACUGGGCUGGACAAGAAGAAAGCUUCUGUCUUCUUCAAGACAUCUGCUGAUGGUUACACAUCGUGUGCUAAGGAGAUGACCAAGCUCUCUGGUAUCUCGGACAUUAUUCCAGAGAUGGAGAUCUGUGACUUUGAUUUCGAGCCCUGUGGCUACUCCAUGAAUGCUGUUCAUGGCCCUGCUUUCUCGACCAUUCAUGUGACCCCAGAGGAUGGCUUCAGCUAUGCAAGCUACGAGGUCAUGGGCUUCAACCCAGGCUCUUCUUCUUAUGGUGACCUGGUUAAGAGGGUGCUGAGGUGCUUUGGCCCAGUUGAGUUCUCUGUUGCCGUGACUAUCUUCGGUGAGCGGGACAAUGCAAAGACCUGGGGGAAGAAACUGGAAGCUGAGGCCUAUGCCUGCAGCAACAUGGUUGAGCAGGUGCUGCCGUCUGGUGGCUUGCUCAUAUAUCAGAGCUUCACUGCUACGGGUGCAGCCACCCCUGGGUCGCCGAGGUCAGUCCUGCAUGACUUCGCUGGUGACAUUGUCAAGCCUGGCGAUAGUGGUGAGGCCGAUGGCCCCUGCUGGGAAGCUGAUGCUGUGGAUGAGAGCGAGGAAAGAGAGGUAAAGAAGAUGAAAUGCUGAUGCUGUGAUGAGCUAUGCUGAAGGUUGACAAAUCAGAUUUAGAGUUGCUGCCCUUGGUCAUCUUGUGUAGCAGCCAAGCCAGAUUAUUUAUGCUGCAUAACCUGUGCUAUUGUGGUGUGGCACAUGCUUAUAUUUGCAAUAAAGAGCUCUAGGUGGUUAGCCUUGUCUGCCACAGUGAGUAGUGUACCCAUAUUGCGUUUCUGAACUGUAUGAAUCUAAAUAAAGUCUUGUGUUUGAUACAAUUUGAAUUUGAAUGAUGUCUUUUCAUGUAA